AAGCCGCAUCUAGGAGCUGAACUCAACAUUGGUUUGUGUCCUGUGAGAGAAACCAAUAAAAGACAAGACAAAGGAUGCAACAACCCACGCUCUAUCCUCGUUUGCUGUUGUCACAUUCAUAGACACACCCACUCCUUGGAAAUUACAAAACAAUUAACUCUUCCUUCUUUUCAUCACUUCCCUUUUUCUCCAUCACCCCUUUUUGACUACUUUCCACACCCCCUUUAUAUUUUAUUCCUUUUCAUAAGAAACAGAUCAAUACACACACCCCAAUUCCUUGUCUUUCAUCUUUGGUACAACCAAUAAUUGAAUUUCUCAAAACCCCUUUCACACACAGAUUCUCAACAUCCCAGUUUCAACAACAGUUUUCAGGGUUUGUUGUUUUUUAUUGUUUUUUCACUUCAAGAUUGUGUUUUGAUUAAUUAUAAAUUGUGGGUAUGUAUUGAAUUUGCAAAUUCUAUUAACAAUUUAUGAAACCUGUGAUGAUGUGUGAUUCAAGCAUGCUUUUAUAUCUACCUGAUGAUGUGUUUUCUAUAGUUUCUAAAUCCUUUACACCAAGAGAUAUAUGUAAUUUGAGUUUAUGCUGUAAGAGCUUGAAUGUUCUUGUGGCAUCAGAGAAAAUUUGGUUGACUCAAUGUGAAGUUUUGGGUAUAGUGCCUCAUAAGGAUCUUGUUGAGUGGAGAAAGGGUGUGUCUUGUUAUAAGGCACUUUGUCGUUUUCUGUUGAAAGUUCAACCAUUGAUUGGAAUAUGGGUUCAUCAGAAUCCGGAGCUCGGGAACGUCGUGUAUGUGAUGCCUGGUUUUGUUUCUGUUGUUGGUUGUAGGAUAAUUCCUCAAGAGCUUGGUCCAUUAGGUAUGGAAGAUGGUCCAAUUCUAUGGGCAUCUGUUUUUGAAGUUGUUGCUGAUUUUGAUGGUUCGGCUAUGUUUUUUCUUCAUGGAAGGGAGAAAGGGAUUGAUUAUAUUUAUCCCGGUUCAGCUAAGUCUAUUGAUAAAUUUUGCAAUAUAUUGUUGCUUGAGGUUGAACCGGAGCAAAAUAAAAAUGUUAGUACUUUGUUGCAGAGUAAAAGUUUUGUGUACCAGUCGGGUUUGGAGUUGUCAAGGAAGGUUGGUAGGUCGAAUAGCGAUAUUUGUAGGUCACAAAUUGUGUUGGGAAAUAGUGAGGGAAAUGUCACUUUUAGCAAAUUGGCUUUUUCCGAUAGAAGAAAGUUGCUUGAGGUUACUACUAGUCAAGUUCGACAAAAGGUUCUGGAUACGGUGAUAGGACCGUUGUUUCCUAGGUUGAGGGAUGAUGAGGAAAAUUUUCAGAAAGAUUUAGUGCUCUUGAGGGAAAGAAGAUUACUCCUUAGUCGAAUAUACAAGCUUGGUAGUAGUGAGAUUGACUAUAAGGCGAAUUCUCGUGAUGUAGUUGGUAUAACACAAUUAGAAUUGGAUGACGAUCUUUCUAGGGUCGUGCCUGAUUCUCUGGCCGAGGAGGAGGAUGGUGACGCACAACACAUCAAGAGAAAAGGUAUUCGCAGAUAUUUUUGGAAUAGCCUUAAACAUAUUCUAGGAAGAUCGAAUUCAAUUAAUGACAGUCAUUCAGCUUCAAAGAAGCUUACUACAAGCGGCGAGAUUAGGCAUGCUCGACUUCAAGAAUUUCUUAAACUGGGCAACACAAUGAGGCUAACCUUGAACGCCUCGAACGUGAAACUAUCUUCUUAUAGAGCAUGGCCGAAUAUGCAUGAGAGUAGGUUUGCACUUUACAAGUUGCCUUUGCGAGUUCCCGGUGCUGACCAAGAAUAUGCUGGUUUAUGGGGAGGGGCAUUUGGUUGGCCUCCAGGAAAGCCUUCUGAAGACAAGCCUGGAAAGGCUUUAUUCUUUCUUCUCCUCUCUUAUGAGGAGUUUCAAGGAGGACAGAAACUUCUCAUCGCAACCAAAAUAUUGGAAGGCACACACUAUGUCUUGCAUCCUAACGGUUCAGCAAUGUUUAUAGCAUAUAUUAACGAGCCUUCGUCCGAACCCUUUCCUUGGAACACUGAUGCAGACUCGUUGCCGGUGAAUAUCAAGCACGCUUUCACCGGAGAGGGUAUUGCAAGUGGUUAUGGGUUCAGAUACCCUGGAUCAAAGCCGGGUUCACUCUUUGUUUUUCAGAAUGGUGUAAUUGCAUUCAUAUGGAAGGAGUCAGGAGCUGUUUUGACCUUGCAAAGACUUAACUUGCAAGACCUUUUGAAGAAGGGUGAAAGAAUACCUUCUCUGCCUCCCAUCGCCAAUUUUUCAUAUCUGACAAAAUCCUACUCGAAUGUGUUUGCUGGCUUUCCUACCUCUUCCAAUUCUUUGUCUUCACCAAGGAAAGCACGACACUAGUAUAUCAGUGAGCUUUGGACUCUGAUGGUUUUUCUCCGCUCAUGUUUACAAUGGUCUGAUAAAGAGGCUUUAAGCUUCAAAGGCACACAAUUGUUAUUGCUGGAGUUGAUUCUCUUCCGGCUGUCCCAGAAAACAUUUCCUGCUGCUGUGUUUUCUAGUUGCUGCUUCUUGAGACCAAAGUUAGAGGUUACAUCAGUCUUUGUCAAGUAAUGUAUUAUUAUGAAAUAAAUUUUGUGAUGAAAUGUCAUAUCAUACACUUUGUUGUAGUAGUAGUAGUUUUUGUUUGUUUUCACCACCAGUAUCCGGCCCACUGGACCGCUUAAUCUGGUUUGGGGGUCAGAUACACUUGGUUGUAGUAUAUAUGGGACAAAAUAUGCAAUAAAAUCCCAAUAAAGUUGUUAUCUACAUUAUGUAUAAAUUGACAUGAAUGUUGCCAUUGUGUGCCAGACAGACAAGGUUACAUUACAGUGGAAUGUAAACAAAAUUGGUUGAUCAUGUAAACAACUUCACAGUGGAAGGAAACAAUAGAAAUGCUCUCUUCACUUGAUGUCUAUUUUAGGCAAUCGGAAAUGCAUGUUUACCUCUA